GUUUUAUUUGAUUCAAGCGGUUGACUAUUUCACUGUCUAUCUCCCAGCCCGUGUUUUACUCAUCUUUUCAAUAUGAAGUGUAAAAACCCAAAGUGUCACUAUAAUUUGGAUCCAAGUUUUUCAUUUUGUCCGAAAUGUGCCGUGAAGAUAGAUAACAAGAUCAUUACAGAACCAAGUUCUCAAGUUCCAGUCGAAUACCAAGAGAGCUCACCUGAUGCUAAGAGGAGAAAUGUUAUACCUAGAAGAGAGAAGGGGAAGAUGUUACCUGAAGAUGACGAUAGGAUAAUAUCUAACUAUGUGUAUUUAAUCGAGAAUCUGAUUCCUCUACAACCAUUAUUAGACAGUUUGACUGAGAUAUAUGUACUAAAUGAAGAUGACUUGGAAGUAAUCAACGGGGCAGAAUCUGGCGGUAGAAAGGCAAUGAUACGUACAUUUCUAGAUAUUCUUCGAGCUUGCGGUAGACAUGCAUAUUCUAAAUUCAUCCAUUGUUUAAAUAAAUCAGGAUAUGGAGCAGUAGCCGAACAAUUAUCACCGGGUGAACAAACUCCUUUAUAUAUGAGAGUGGCGGUCAUUGGCAAGACCGGAGUUGGUAAAAGUCACUUAGGAAAUUUACUUCUACAUAGAGAUUAUUUUAAGUGCAGUAAUUCGAUGCAUUCGUGUACAUCAGUUUGUUCAAAUGGAGAACGGGCAUUAGAUGCAGAUACUAACUUGACCAUCAUGGACACUCCCGGUUUAUUUGACACAAGAGAUGACAAUACAAAAACUGUUAAAAAGUUCCUUUCCAUAUUUAAAUUUACUGGUAUUCACAUAUUUUUAAUGGUUGUCAGAAUUGAUGUGAGGUUCACAGAAGAGGAAGAAAAUGCCCUGCGGUCUCUGUGCGACGUGUUUGGUGAAGACAUAAAUGACCAUCUUAUUGUCAUACUGAAUAACCAGAGCCAGAAGAUUAAAUCCAAAGAAAACUUGCUUCACGAAUUACCGACGUCAAUAAAGAAUAUUUUAGAUCGUUGUAAACACAGAUGUUUAGUUUUAAAUUAUGUUAGUGAUGUCACGGUCGAUGGCAACCCAGAAAUCGAAGCUAUUAUAAACACUAUUAAAACAAUAGUCACUGAAACCAAAGGACGCUCCUAUACACAUCAAAUGUUCAGGGAAGCUGAAAAAGCAUACACUGAGACACUAAAACAACAAACAUGUGAUUUAGAGAAGAGAAUUAGACGACUCGAGCGUGAAAAUAAUGAGUUGAAAAAAUCUGGUAGACAAAAUAUAACUCUUGUCCAACAGAAUCCACUACCAAAACCCGAACGAGUGAAAACUAAAUACCAAACAGAUGCCGAAAAUUUACUUGAUGAUGCCACAAGUAAGCAGUUUGUAGAGACAAGGGCCUUUGAAGAAGGGAAACGUAUUUUGGAAGAACAUUUUAUCUUGGGUAUAAUUGGCGCUGUAGGAGAUGGUAAAACAGUAUUAUGUCGGAUGAUCGCCAAUUCGUUCUUGAAGGUACAUACAAAUUUUAUUCCACUGGAAAUACGACACCCAAGAGACAUGGAUACCAUAAGGUUCACAGAUGAGGAUAGCUAUCUCAUGAUCAUUGAUGAUAUGUUUGGUAUUUGGACAAGUACACUAAAACAACAAAUACAUGAAUGGCCAAAACAUUUUGAGUCAUUUUUUUUAGCAAAACAAAAACGCAAUUCGGCAAUAAUCUAUGUGAUGAGAAAUGAUGUCUACCAGGCUUGUCAACAUCUUCUUAGGAAAUAUGAAAUAUUCUCUAUGCCAUAUCAGUUGCAGCUUCAUGGAACGCAAUUCCAGUUGUCAAAGGAUGAAAAAAAGGAUAUUUUGCGAUACCAUUUCAGAAACUGUUGCGACAUAAAGCUGGAGAAGAUGCUGGAACACAGUUCAGGAUGCUUUGGUUUUCCAGAUAUUGUCAGUCUUUGUAGCAAAACCUGGACAGGACAAACAACAAGGGUGUUGAAUAGUCUGUUUGAAUUUUUGCGUAGGGAAUACGAUAUUUUCUGGAAUGAAGAUAGAAUUAAGUAUAUGGCUCUAUUGGUUAUAUUUAGUCCACAACCUAUCUCUGAGGAUGAAAUCCGACAAAAGACGAAUCACUUGAUACAAACUCAAAUACAACAAGAAAUGGGGAAUCCGGGUGGUGUAGAAGAUAUUCUGGAUUCAUGCAAACAUUUAACUGGUUCGUACGUUUUAUGUGAUGAUGCCAAUGAGAAUCGCAUGUUUUUACCAGAAAAGGUGAUCAGAUGCUUUCUCCUUCAUGUUUCUCAACGAUUUAUAAAACUGGCGAUAAAAUACUGUCCUUUUGAACUCUUAAUUGACCACGUUUCUACCGCCCAAGGUGAUCAAAAUGUUUUUAUGCAGCCACAUUGUUAUGUUGAUCUAUAUGAAAGAUUCUCUCGUGAGUUGCGGGAGGGAAAUAAAGCGGUGUUAUUCCACCAAGCCUUUCUUGAGAGUAAUUUUUUGCAUGAAUUUCUUAAUCGAGACAGUGCUGAAGUACUGCUAAACCCUGAGCUGAAGAUGCAACUUGGUGUUGGUUCAAUCGAUGAAGGACAUUUUCUACACUAUGUAUGCUUAUUAGGAUAUUUAAACGAGCUGCAAAUAGUUUUCUCAUACUACAGCAAAACUACUGCCAAUUUGUCUGGCAUAAAAACAAAGCUUGGGUUCGAUUUACUAAGCCUUGCCGCUAAAUCCGAGAAAGAAGUAAAAGAUAAAAUAAACUAUUUACGUGAUCAGAAAUAUGUCAUGGAACGUCAGAGUAAAGCCGACAUUCAACGACUUAUUCGUGCAGCAGUCCAGUCAAACAGUUUGGAUACUUUGAAACAUGUUAGUACUUUUACAGAUAUAGACUUUACCUCUGUGGAUCUUAACCAGCGUACAGUUUUACACUAUGCCUGUGAUUCUGAUUAUGACAUCCCAGAAAUCGUCAAAUAUAUCGUUGAAAAGGGUGCGGAUAUCGAUGCUAAGGAUGAAAACAGUCGCACUCCUCUAAUUCUAGCAAUUCAACGAGGAAAGAUCUUGACAAUAAAUUGUCUCAUAAAACUGAAUUCUUCUGUUAACGUGACUGACAAAGACGAAAAAUUACCCAUUCACGUAGCUGCCAACUCCAAUGCUGGUCGUUUGGAUAUUGAUACAUCUGCCAUUAUAGAACUGUUGGUGGAAGCUGGAUCGCCUAUUAAUGCUAAAGAUGCGUGCGGUAGAACACCACUGACGGAAGCCCGCGCUAAAUGUGACGAAAAGAUGGUUGAUGUUCUAUUGGAAAAUGGAGCAGAUACGGAUGAUACAUAUGAUCACUUACUAAUAGAUGAAGAAAGCAAAGGGAUGACCAUUGCAGAUGAUGUUAAAUAUAGUCAGACAUCUAUACAAAACAAUAUGGCCACCACCUGUAUCACCAUAGGUCCUUCUGUCUGACGUGGAGAGCGUCUAUGGGAAACCGAUCGCCACAUCCUACAUACGACCCAUGCAUCUUUUCUUACUACAUAUUUCUGUAGCCUUGUGAUCGUCUAGAAUUUGUCUUUAGCUGUCUUUACUUCUGCUUCACGUUGUGUAUUUACUUCUUCCAGCUUCUUAAGACGUUUGUCUUACCAGGAAUAAUAAUGCAUAGUUCGCUUCUACAUUUUAUAUAGCAUAUAACUGAAUACAGGUAUACAAGCAUAGCACAAAUUACAAUACUAUAUAGCUAAAACCACUUCUCCACCCUAUCCAGCCUCUCGGCUGUCUAGGAACUCAGAUGUACCCGCGAUCUCUGGAAUCUAAUGCAAGUCUGACUUACAGGGUUCCCCGGUUUCUUUUAAAGGUAAAUGAAUAUCAUGCACAAUAACGCGUGAUCAUGGCCCUGAACUUGUGUAAUUAACAAAAUGAUUGGUUACUUUAAAUCAAAUGAUGCAAUUAGAAUAAUUCCACUCACGUGUAAUUCUGGUGGUAAAUAAUUGACAUAUGUUUUCGAUAAAGAGCUCUUUUUAUAUGUCAACUGUCAAUUACAGACUAAGUUGAUUUAGUGCACACUAUAUAUGUGAAUAUGUUUGAAAUUACUAACUUGCCAAAGAUAUUAAUAAAUAAAAUAUAAAGCCAUCUUAUUUCAAGAGCAAACAUUCUAGCA